GUUCAUGGCCUACUACAGUGUACAGUCGCUCAAUCUUGUCUCAUCUCACUCCUCGCAAGUUAUAAAAAACCAUGCGGACAAGGUUUCAGAUUCACAAUCUCAGCAAUCCGAGUCUUCGUUCAGUGGGAUUCGUUUUUAGCAGGUUGUGGUCGGAAUGGGUGCUUUUGAAGGACUGAAGCCUUGGGGCCGCAAGAUUGUAGUGAUCAUUGCUCUUACAGUGUUUGCGGAUAUGAUUUUCUUCGCCGCCGCCCAAAGUAGUGUUGCGGUCCAACAAGAGUUCUUGACUCCGCACAACAAUGCGCGGAAGGAUGUGGGUGUCGAUGCGUUGGUUUGGAGCAAAGAGCUUGAAGAUUAUGCACGCAGCUACGCGCAGAGUCAGCGUGACAGUUGCCUCCCUUUGACGCACUCGAAUGGGAAUUACGGGGAGAAUCUGUUCUGGGGGUCGGGGCAGAAUUGGACACCAUUCGAAGCGGUCACUGCGUGGAAUGAUGAGAAGGUGGAUUAUAACUACAAUACUAAUACUUGCGCACCGAACAAAGUAUGCGGGCACUAUACGCAAGUGGUGUGGAAUACGACCACACAUGUUGGUUGCGCUUCGGAGAUGUGUUCGGAUGAUGGAAUUUACAUUAUCUGUAGCUACGAUCCGCCAGGUAAUUGGAUCGGCGAAAAGCCCCACUGAUCAUGAUUGGGGUGUGUCAGUCUGGUGUCCGAUUGCUAGCGGCGAUCUAGUCCGGUGUUGUUGAGAUUGAACUGAACUUCUGACACGCUUUUGUUUUAUGAAUUUUAAGAAAACUAGUGCACCUGUAUCUGUAGCAGCGCGUUCUGUGGAAAAAAAAAAAAAAAAAAAAAAAACUCAGCUGUAGAAUGGAUUAGCAAGGGAAGUUCGUGUUAGAGGAACUUCCAUGUAUUGCUCCUUGUUAUAAAGCUCCUUGUGGAUUUUGACAUUUAUCAUCAUUUCUAACGAUCGACAGUGGUCGAAUCCAGAGCAUGAUUGCUAUCAUGCUCGAAAACUUGCCAAUCUUGUCGGUGGAACCACUUUUCUAUAAUACAUUGACAAUGCUUUACCAGCA